UGGUUAGUGUACCAUAAGUAGUUCCUUCUAUCACGUAAAAGAGCUAAAGAAAGAAAAUAUGUGAAACAAAAGAUGUCCUUUAUUUUUAAAUAGAAGAUUGGUCAGAAGUGGGGAAGUGCAACAACAGCAAGGAACUUGUGUAAAAAUAAAAGCAGCUGCGCAGACAGAUUUCCUCAAUCUUGAUGUCUGGAUUAAGAAAACCGACAGACGUACAAACCAUCUGAAAAUCAUGAAGAGUUUGGUUCUUGCUGUUGUCCUCGCUCUGGAAGUGAUUUUUCAGACUGAAGCCACGUCAGUAAGAGGAACUGAGGGGGGAUCAGUCAAAAUAACAUGCUCUCAUUCUUAUGCCACCACCAAUGUCAAAUAUUUCUGCAAAGGAGCGUGCGGUGAAGCAGACGUCCUGAUAAAAAGCGGGCCCCUGCAGCAAGAGGGGAAGUACUCUAUAGAAGAUAAAGGGAACACAUUCUAUGUAACAAUAUCAAAACUGGAAAAGAGCGACGAAGGAGUUUACUGGUGUGGCGUUGAGAGAGUUGGAGUGGACACGUACGACAAAGUGACCCUCACUGUAGCAGAAGAGAAUCCAGGAAGCAGCCUGAAGAUGCCGGAUUCUAAGAAAAUGGUGUAUCUUGGAACUGGUCUUGGUGUGGCGGUGCUGGCUCUGGCGACCGUCCUGCUGUUGUUCUUCAGACUCAGAAAAAGAGACGUCAGCACGUCUCCAGGAAAAAAUGACGACGUUACAUAUUCAAAGCCCUCAAUCCAGAAGAAAUCCCAACAUACCAACGCCGCUUCGUCAGUCAGUGAGGAGCAAGCAGCAGAUUUCAGGAUGAACGUGGAUCAGCCGGAGAUUCUGUACUCCAACAUCCGUUCAGGGCCUGAGGUCCAGUUAGACGACCUCUGCUAUUCCACCGUCAGCUUCAGCGAACAGCCAGCCUGCAGCGCCGCCUCUCCUCAAACCGAACUAGCCACAUACUCAUUUGUUAAAUCCAAACCUGCAGGCUUCGCCGGCUGAACACCUUUAAUGUUCAAGUUUUUACAUCUUUAACUGAGAAAAUUAUAUCUAGUGAUUACAGCAGAUGUUUUUAAGUUUAUUCUUGUGUUUUUUAAUUUAGUGUCCUAUAAAUCAGAACACAUAUUUUACUGAG